UCAUGCACACUUAUGAAAGUUGAAAAAAGUGACAUGCUUGAGAUUUUCCAAUUUGAAAUUUUCCAUACAAUAACUUAUGUCUUAUUAUUUUAAUUGAGAGUUCCAGUUAAUUUGAAGAAUUAUGUGUAUAGAAAUGCAACCUAACCAAAAAAUGGGAGAAAAAAACGUAAACUGCAAUGAGAUACAAAUAUUAGAGGAACAUAUUGAAAAAAGAUCAAAUAAAGUAUCAGUUAAAGAAGAACGUCCAGAUGAAGCGGAAAUCAGAGAAUUGGCUGCCAAAAUGGUGGAAGCGAACAAAGCGAAAAACACAGCUACUCCUCCAGCAGCUGGUGUACAACAACGACCACCAGGCUUCAGUCAGUCUUUAGGACUUCUUGGCUAUCUGACUCCAAAGCGACCUGUGGCGCAAGAAGUCAAUGUUGCGAUAACCGCGCUAGACGGAAAAGUGCCGCUAGAUGACGAGAGCCAAAGAGGUAGAUUUGGAUGGACAAGUCUUGGAGAUGUUCACAUACCGUACAUAUUCAGAGUCGCUGAUAAGUACUGUGCAGUGAGAAUACUGGAGAACAAGCUACUCAAUAAGUAUCUCAAUUGCAUGCACCCCGACGUCUACAGUUGCACGUGCAUCAGGAGCUAUUUCAUAACCGAAGCUGAAUGCAAGCUGCUGAAUGACAUAAACGUAAAGCACUGUGAUUUACAGUUUGGUCGUGAUUUAUUCACAACCAAGGACCUCGUGGUUCGAUUGCUAGAUGCAAAGGAGUUUUACAUUUUUCUGGAUGUUUGUUAUACGAAACUUACUUCUGGAUCCGAUCAAAAUGUGAUAAACUCUCUUAAAUCGGAUAAAUGUGGCUUCAUACGCAUCAAUAAAGAGUCUGUAGUCCCAUACACCGUCAAAGGUGGCCUCAAGUACGUCCCUCUGUUCUACUUUGAAGGAGAAACCGAGAACUUGAAGCUCAAGGCGGAAAAGCUCGAGGGCUGGGAUCUUUCAUACUUAAAGUUUUGUUGUAAAGUGCAGGGUAUUAGAAACGAACUGUUUGCCAGUGAAACGUGUUCAGUGAUUAGUUUAAACGAUAUUAAAAGUUACUUUCCCCCGGGAACGGGCUUCGAGGAUUAUUGGCCCAAUAAGGUGUCAGAUACACAGUUGUUGAUAAGUUGCAAGAACAGUGGUCAUGGUGGGAGCAGUUGGGUCAAGCAGCCCCCAACUCCUCCAGUUGUGAAGCAGACGACGCAGAACAACCUUUUAAAAAGUUCUAUAAAUGCGAGGGGUGCUUCGUUGCAGGGUAUGCUUCCGCGUAACUCGUUAUCAACUCAGGCAACUCUGCAAAAAAUUAAUCAAAGGCCUGUGGUCACCACUCAUCCAGUGCACUCUUCUCCUACCUCGGUGUCCUCUAUGAGGAGUAAUCAAGUAUCGCAAGCAAUGAUGAAUGUUGCUCAAGCUGCUAGUGUUAAUGGUUGGUCUGGCCUAGUUGGAGGACAGCCUGCUUUUCCAUCUCCUCUCGUGUCACAGGCAAAUUCAAUUAUCAGAAUGACCCCUGGCAUGAAUAUGCAUAAUCUGAAUCAUCUAUCUCUUAUCAAUAAUCAUUUGCAGCAGCCAACGAGAAGUCGAGGUGCCACUGGAACUUCACAGCCCUAUCCAGUUUAUCCCAACACAACAAUGCCCACUGCUGUACCACCUUUGAUUAGAUCAUCUGUGCAUUCCAGUCAACCCAAUCUUGGUUAUCCAACCUAUGGGAAGGAUGACUGGGUGUCCACUACUUACACAACCCCAAGUUUAGGCGUGCCGAACCCCGUAACAGCAAGUGCUUACCCUCAGGUACUUGGUCUGAGUCCAGAACAGAUGCAAGCGUUAAUACCGCAGUCAACGUCCAACGCGUCGAUAAUGUCACAUCAGCAGAGACACACGCCACCCGUUUUAAACACAAGCCACACUGGUCAUACCACUCACACAAGUCACAAUACUACUCACACGAGUCAUACGUCUCACUCAAAGUACCCGCCGCCUCUUUUACCAGUAAACGGCAAUAGCAGUAACAACAGGGAUUCCAGAGGUAGGAAGCCCCUGAUACCAAUAUCAGAAGUCACUGUUAGUUGUCAAGUUCAGCCGUACCAAUUGCAAAAAGCAUUGGUAGAAGACAAAAUGGUACUGUGCAUCAACUUCAAGUCGUACAUAUACUCGGAACUCCUUAUGACGUUGCCUGACUUCGUAGCUCAGUAUUUUCCUUCAUGUGACGUUGAAAGUUGCAGGCAAAUACUGACUGAUGUUUUAAUGGUGGAUCUUUAUCAAGGCAAUAGCUUGCAGAUGAAAAUCUUAAUGGAAAAUGGCAAGUGCUCAUCACUAAACGAGGAGUUGCCACUCAUCCAUGUGCGCGACAUUAUGAAGUACAUGCCUCAGAUAAAGUACAUGCUUAACAAUCAACGAAACAUGGGUAUGCCGCAGCCAGCACACUCAUCAUCGUUGUCGUCUGAGGAGCAAGCUAAAAAACGGCAGCGUACUAGCUAGGAUUGGCUACAGCCUUACUGGCCAACCUAUGACUACUAUCAUUCUGCCUUUUGAAGCACUUGGAGGCCUGUGAAAUGGUGGACAAAGAAAAUCUUCUAUGUAAAAUAGGAGGAAAAGAGAUUUGUGACGAUGGAGUGUAAAAAGGUACUGAAGAAAUGCACGUGUGUGUUUUCAGUUUUUUUAAGUUUGUUACAACGACUGGUAAGUCCUCUACGUGACUUCGGAGGUAUGAAAGUGCCGGUACAUGAAACAUUUUGCGGACGUUUGACGUUCAUUUCCAUUUAUUUGUAAACGAUGCGCUGCUGUGUAGUGUAUGACAAAGUUUUUCAAAGGACAAAGCAUUAAAGGACAGUAGAAUUUGUGCAAGAAAUGUUCCAAGAAAAAUGUGCAGAGUGCAGUUUUCUCGUGUAUUGCUGAAGAUCCACUCUGAUGACGAUGUAUAUAAAGAUCACGAAUAAAUAUAGAGGUUAAGCAAUAA